GGCAUAUUAUUGUAAAGGUGGACAAAACUGAUCUACAAUAAGGCUAGAAGUGGCACUAUAAUCAUGGGUAAUAACGGUGGGUAUCCUGGCAGGAUGCCUCCGUACCAGCAGCCAUAUCCGCCGUACCAACAGUCGUAUCAGCAGCAAGGCUGCCGGCAACCUCAACCGCGAGCUGGGCCUCCUAGUCCUAUUAUUCCACAACCAGCCAUAAUUAACGCCGAUGGAAGGUUACGGCAGCAGGCUUUACCUACCCGAAUGCAAGUACCAUACACAUCGGGCGGCCUACCUACCGAACCAUCUCCGGAAUAUUAUUUCCACCCAGAAGUGACUUAUAUUGCUCCUCUUCAACCUCAAGUCUACCUUAACAGUUCUUCUAGCCUAGCUACUCAGGUUUCUUAUGCGAACUCUCACUUAGGUUCGUCUUAUUCAGAUGUUAGUAUCGAUAUCAAUCCUAGAGCUAAGCCUCGAGGUGUUUCCCCUACUUCCACAGUUCCAGUCGAGGCUCCUGACCCUCCUUCCAUUCAUCCAUUUCCUAAGCGCGACCCCUAUUCGCCUAAACAUGGUUCACAAGCUGGCCAUCCGCCGGUACCCAAAGCGGCUUCUCACCAUCAUCAUCGUUCUCGAUCCCACACUCGCACCCAUCCUACCCAUCAUCGAUCUUCUUCAGAAUUACCUCUCAAGUCAAUACUUAAGCAACCCUCACCCCAACAUAAACCCGACCCAGAACCCAAACCGAAAUCGAAACAUCACCACCGCCACCACCACCAUCGCCAUCACCACAACACCCCCCAAAAACCCAUGCCUAUCACCAACCCCCACAACCCCCUAGCCCCCGCCCUCACCACCGAGCACGACAUCCUCCUCCGGGGCCUAACCGAGCUGGGCCCUCUAACCCGGCCAAUCCUCGAAGUCAUAACCUACGAGUUCGCGCUCCCAGCACACAACACCGCGAACAUCUCCUUCUCGCUAACCGCCAUCGACAUCGUUCCCCCAUCCCCAAACUUACCCGCAACCCACGCCGCGAAUCUGCAAUGGGAUCUCGGCCCGGGAAUUCUCCACGGGCUAACCCACGCGCGCGUCCUCGCGCCUCUCCUCACGAUAACCCUCCCACCACGCUACCAACCCGCAACAGCACUCCGCGCUUCGCUGCCCGAACCGAUAGUUCCCGGCCCGCAACCCGACCACGGCGUCAUCGCCGCGUGUGAGCGCGUCGUAGCGGCGUUGCGGUACGGCGGCACAGGACCGAACCCCGCUCCUGUCCCGGCUGUCCCUGACCCAAGCACGCAACACCAACCCGAACGAAUCUCCCUCCCCUUCCGCGUCGGCGGCGAGCUGUCCGGAAGUAAUUACACUUUCCGCAUCGGGGCUGCGGACGAGACGACGAUUCUGGGGGCCGAGACGUGGGUGUAUCUGCCAUCUGCGGAACGGAGGGACCUAGGUGUGCCGGUGUAUGAGCGCGUGAAGAAGGAUGGACGGGAGGGGAGACGUAAGGUUGGGCGGUGGGCUGGGGAGUGGGGGGUUAGGGGGGAGUUGGGGGUGUUGAUUGAUGGGGAAUAGAUGGGGGUGAGAGGAGAGUGAGGGUUUGAAGAGUAUGAGACUUGUCUGUGGAGGUGUAGUAGAGGUAGGGAGAAAGGGGAGAGAGGGAGAGAGGAAAGUGGAUGUCUGGGGCUUGUACGAUACAUACCUGGAAGGGUGUACGAUACUG